GAGCCUGGGUGCAAGUGGGAGAGGGUUGCCCCAACAAGCGCCGACGAGGGAGGAGCAGCUUCCAGGGAAGGGGAAGGAAGCCAUGGCCAGAAGACGGGCGAGAGGACUGCUAGACGCCGAAAUGGACGACGGGGGCACCCUCGACCUCUCCCACUUGCUGAAUGCCAUGGCCACUCGCACCGAGGGAGAGGAAGACAUUGAAGAUGAGGAGGAGGAGGAAGAGGAGGAGGAAGAGGAGGAGGAAGAGAAUGACGGCUCUGGGGAUGAGGAAGAGGAAGGGGACGAAGAAGACGCGCAGCGGAACAAGGAGAACCAUUCGACGGAGAACGUGUCCGGAACGGUGAGAGUGAACUAUCCGCUGGCGUUCAAGUACCUAGAGGAAACAUACACGUCAGUGCAAACACUUUUUGAGAUGAAGCCGGACUUUGAUCUCCUAGGGUGUAAGUGGGCUUUGCAGCCCACACAGCAGGGGUUGUUCUUCUACCGUUAUCUGACGAGGGCAUGCAAAUACGAACCAGUGGGUCUUUGCAUUUGGGUUGCGAAGACCACAAGAGUUGAAGACGGACAAGAGGUCCACGUGACGAAUCUAUGGACAGAAAGGAAGAAGGUAAUUGCGAGAUAUGUCCUACAAAAGAGAGACUACGUAUGGGAUGCUUUCCAAGACCCGAAUGGAGUACUGCAUCACAAGCUCCGGACAGCUCCCGACGAGAUGGGUGUGCCUCGUAAUGUGCCGCAUCCUGUUGGCAGUGUUUUCCUGUCCUCUUCGCAAAUGCCUGGUCCUGGUCUUGCUCCCAUUCAGCAGACACCGGCGGUGUCCCAGGUGCGGUCUGCGGACACCGGUAGAGGACCUUCAUACAGAUUCGUCAGAGGACAACGACUGCUUUCAUGGAAGGGGUCGGGGCUUUUCAAGAUUCGUCAGAGGACAACGACUGCUUACAUUGCCAAGGCCCUCAACUAUAGGGACAAGCUGCGCCUCUCACAGCAAGAGGAGCAAACUGCAGCAACACAAGAUUGUGAGGGCUUCCUGACAAACUGGACUACUUUCGAGGGGGAGGGCUACAAGGGAACCGUGAAGGUGGCGCACUAUGACAUGCGUCAGCUACCUGACAAAGUGCAGGACAAACUCCCCUUCACCUUGUGCAUUAUGGACUUCCCUUGCGGCUACAACGCAGAGGGUUCUGUGGAUGAUGGGGAACCAUUGAGUAAGCCCCGGAUAGAGGGCAGCAUUGCGAGCUUCAAGAAAAUCACAUGUGCACCCUAUUGGGUCAUUGCUGGAUUAUGCUCAUCUAACAUGCUCACUGAUGUGAAAUCCGCAUUCUCAAGUGCUUGCAAUUGUGGGGUGGAGGUGGGCAUUUGGGUGGGUCCCAACGUUUCUACUUCUGCAGGUCUCAAGCUCACUAACUGCUGGCAGCAUUGUGUUAUUGGUUUUCAUAGUGAGAGCGGCAGCAGGGAGCCCAUUCAGUUUCAGUUCAGCGACUCUGACACCAGGAUGACCUGCUGGAGUCACAAUGCGGUGGUGAGGAAGUACACUUUUGCUGCAGACAACGAGAUUUUGUGCUCCUACCAGAAACCCAUUUCUUUGUAUGAAGGGCUGAUCAAGAAGUUUUCUGACCCGAAUGACUCAUACAAAGUAGAUGCUUUCUCAGGAUCGAAGACUGGAGCCAUUGCAGCACUGUUGUCCAAGAGACAUAUGUUGGUCAUUGAGAACGACCUGCGUUGUGUGAGGGGGAUCAGGGCAAGGUUGGCAGGGAGAGGCUUCGUUGAGAGUGCCGCCAACUUCGCCAAGGAGAUCGAUACCCAGGGCCGCACAGUGGCAGAGGGUUGGCGGCGCGCUUGAGGCGUCGAGGCAUGCAUGAGUUGAUGCGGACCCUCCACUCGGUCCACAUAGAUUUCAUUGACUUGGCUGCGGCGUGCUUACUUUGCUAU